AUGUUCUCAACCUUCACGGGUAACUCCAGGCGCCCCCGAAACGUCAACCUCAGUGGUGCCGCCGGAAAUCCCUUUGCCAACACCUCCUGGAGCCCAUCUACCGUCUCCAGCACCACAAAGACCAUAUCUGACGCCCAGGCCGACCGUGAGAAACGACAAGCCGAACGCCUGCGUCUCCAGGCUGCCUCGCGUCUUCAGCGAACAUGGCGGGGUCACAGAGCACGCUCCCAUCUUGCCGACCAACGCCGUGCCACAUUCGACAAAUUGUACUGCACCCCGGCUUCCGCGGGCAACAUUGACAGGCUUCACCGAGCAUUCAGUAUGCUGCUCUCUUUUUGCACACCAGCCCGACCCGACGAUCUCCGACGCUUGCUACAGUACGCGAACGAUGCUGCCAACGUCGACGGGGAGAGCCUGUAUCCCCAACAUACACACCCGUCUCGCAUACGGAGAUUGGUUGAAAUUAUAGUUUCUGCCUUGUAUUUCAGCGCCAGAAAAGGCACUCCUGCUGACGAGCUCAUCGUUCCUCUCCGCCUCGCUACCCGAAUAAUACAAUCCGUCCACUCAGCGUUGAGCUCCUCCCGCGACAAAUACUUUGAUGCGUUGGGUUACAUCUGCCGACAAGUAGAGGGCGAGGACUGGCUUGAAGAAAUCAUCGAGAGUAUAUCUGUCACUCUCCAAGCAGACUCCCAAGCUUACACAUCUCUUACUUCUCACUUCCUAACCAAGGAAAAUAUUACACUUUUCGAAAAGAACAUCGACCGUUUCGCCGCCAUCAUCGAUGCCGACCAGCUCGGCCACGCAAUCACAUACAUUUACACAUUGCCUCGCAAUUCCAACGGCGCUCUAGACGAGUUACUAUGGCUCCUCGCUCACUUCGUCCAUCUCAGCGGAGCGCAGAUGUGUUCACAAGCUGGCGUUGGUCAAAUUCGCUCCGUUUUUACCCAGUUGUCGGCUCUCUCUUCGGAAAUCAGCGCUCGCGUAACCCCAAAAUCCCGGAUAAACGACUCAGACGCCUCGAGUAGCACAAACCAAUCUGCUAUCGACCCAUAUCUCUCCCGUCAUCUGUUGUGGCUCAUUAGUAAUGAAGGCACUUCAAAAAUCCUGCGGGAUUUCACUGCCAGCUCUAUCCAACCAAGCCGCGACGCACUCCAGGGCACAAGCUUGUUAGCAGGAUAUCUUCUGAUGCUAUUAAAGAGCUUCCCCGACAGUGCUGAUGAUGUACGCAUGAAAUUGUUUCUGGAACAGGUCACAACUCGAACAGGGCCAGUUCCUACGGUCAUCUUUCUGUGGCAGAUGGUCCAAGAGACCACUGUUUUCCAAUCCCUACGCGGAGAGUCUGGACAAACGCUUGGAAUUUUGAAGAAAUAUCUCUCAACUUCCUCACAAGGUGAAGAGACUGUCGACGACCAAGAAUGGCGCAUCAUUCUCCUCUUCCUCGAAUUGUACACGUUUAUUCUGCGGCUCAGUGAUGACGAAGACUUUUUUAGCGGCAUUAACCCGUCUCCGUUGCGAGACAACUCUUCGCCUUCGCGCAUCCAGGCUUGCAGCUUAUCGUUCGAUGAUGUAAAAUCGCUCACUCUUUUUCUGAGAAACGUCGCUUUUACGCUGUAUUAUAGAGCCCGUGACGUUUCACCAACUCAGGAAGAGCCCCAAGAGGUGGUGCAGUCUCGACUUGACUCUUACCUUGGCGCCGACUCGACACAACAAAAAGAGUCAACUGCUCCUAGCGCUAUCAAACUCAAAUCUACCAAGUUGGAUUUUGACAGCCUUCGCGAAAUAAUAUCUAAUGCCAUGACAAUGCUCUACGAGAGGGAUUCCCGUAAACCCUUCCUUCCCAAAGAUCACUGGCUCGUCACAGACAAGCUCCAGAGAGAAGAUUUUGUGUCUGCCGUCAUUGCGGAGGAGCAGCGCCAGCGCGAUGAAGAAUUGUCCGACAGUGACGACGAAAUGGAAGAUGCCGAUAACGCAAUGUCCCCUUUCGAUCAAGCAGUCAACUUGACAUUUGCCGGCCAACGACUGUCAAGACAUGCGAGAAUGGAACAGUUGCGGGCACAGCAAAGGCGGGUGCAACGAGAGCGCCGACUGGCAGAAAUGGGUCCCAAGUUGGCGAUUUUGAAGCACAUGCCAUUUGCCGUGCCAUUUGAUACUCGAGUAAUGAUCUUUAGGCAUUUUAUUGAACUCGACAUGUCGAGAAGGGACCCUGCAGGGCCCUUUUCGGCGUAUGGUAAGCACGCAGCGCAGAUUCGGAGAGGCCAGCUUUUCGAUGAUGCCUAUGAGGAGCUUUACAAUAUCGGUGAUGGCCUCAAGGACCCAAUCCAGAUCACAUUCGUCGACCAAUUCGAUCAACCUGAAGCCGGCAUUGAUGGUGGCGGUGUCACCAAAGAGUUUCUGAUUAGUGUCACAUCUGAAGCCUUUGGCGACCAGGACGACUCCCUGAAUAUGUUCACCUCGAGCCCAGACGGGCUACUCUACCCAAACCCAACUGCCAUCGACACGGUAAAAGAGACAAUGAGGGAAGGCAGACUGAAGGAAACGUCUCCCGAGUGGCGCCAUAUCCUCAAUGAGCAGCUAAAACGGUACGAAUUCUUGGGUCGCAUUGUCGGCAAAUGCAUGUACGAGGGCAUCCUCGUGGAUUUGAACUUUGCUGGAUUCUUCCUCCUGAAAUGGCCCUCGUCUGGGCCGAAUGAGGAGAACAAGUACAAAGGAAGCAUCAACGACCUGCGAGACAUGGAUGAGGAGCUGUACAAGGGCAUGCUGCGCCUCAAGAACUAUCCUGGUGACGUCUCCGAACUUGGCAUCGACUUCACCGUGACGGAUCAGGUCUCUAUGCCUGGCGCGCCGAUCAAGACGGUGACAAAGCUGUUGGUAGCGAACGGUGAUCAGGUAUACGUAACGAAUGAUAACCGACCCCUGUACAUCUCAUACAUGGCUCGCCACCGCCUGGUUGUCCAGCCUGCGAUGCAAACAGCGGCGUUUUUGCGAGGUCUCCGCGCCAUCAUCCGGCCAUCCUGGCUGUCCAUGUUUAACCAGUCCGAGCUUCAGCGCCUAGUCGGCGGCGACUCGUCCGAGAUUAACGUCGAGGACUUGCGCCGGAAUACUGUCUACAGCGGUCUCUACGAGGUUGGCGAUGACAAUGAAGAGCACCCGACAAUAAAAAUGUUUUGGAGGGUCCUGCGCGGGUUUACUGAUACACAGCGCAGAGACCUGCUCAAAUACGUCAGCUCCACGCCCCGCGCGCCGUUGCUUGGCUUCUCCCAGCUGCGGCCGCUCUUUAGCAUUCGUGAUGCGGGAACCGAUGAGGAACGAUUGCCGAGCACGAGCACCUGUGUCAACCUGCUCAAGCUGCCACGAUACAGCAGUGAAGCAACGUUGCGACAGAAGCUUCUUUACGCGAUCACGUCUGGUGCAGGUUUUGAUUUGAGUUAG